UACAUAUAUUGGUUUGUUGUGGUUGAGACUGUCAUCACUCAUCACAUUUUGAUCGGUUCGAAUCGUAUUUUCUUGAAAAGUGACUAAAGCAAACCCGUUCUUGUACAACGUUUAAAAAUGACAACGCUCAGGCCUUUUACAUGCAACGAUUUGUUCAAAUUCAACAACGUGAAUUUGGAUCCGCUCACAGAAACAUAUGGACUCUCAUUUUAUAUGCAUUACCUAGCACAUUGGCCAGAAUACAUUCAGGUAGCAGAAUCCCCAAGCGGUGAAAUUAUGGGUUACAUUAUGGGGAAGGCGGAGGGUCAUGGAGAAAACUGGCACGGUCACGUAACAGCUCUCACAGUUUCUCCUGAUUACAGAAGAUUAGGUCUAGCUGCGAUGCUGAUGAAGUUUCUUGAGGAAGUAUCGGAGAAGAAACAGGCGUAUUUCGUGGACCUCUUUGUUAGAGUGAGCAAUAAAGUUGCAAUUACAAUGUAUCAACAAUUGGGAUACAUUGUAUACAGGACUGUAUUAGAAUACUAUAAUGGGGAUCCAGAUGAAGACGCAUAUGACAUGAGAAAAGCGCUGUCGAGAGACGUGAAGAAGAAAUCUGUGAUUCCGUUGACACAUCCUGUGAGACCAGAAGAGGUAGACUGAAGUGUCCACAAUUUCUAUCGCAGGAUGAAUAUCAUAUCGUUCAAACUUCUCUCACGAUUUUGCGAAACAGACUGAAAAAUAAACCAAAAAGUAAAUCUCAUAAAACGUGUACACAAAUUAUCAUAAAUCUUGAGAAAUACAUGCCGCUGAAAAUUGUUA